AUGUCUCCCGAUGAGCUGGUCUACUUGGGAGUCUUGGCAGCCGCUAUCCCUGUCGGGUUCCUUUUCCGUUACCUCAGUCCUCCUGUAAAACAGGGGGCGGCGAUGCUUCUGGGCCUUUCCAUUACCAUCGCUACUUGUCAUGUGCACACACUCCACUCACUAGUGACGGUGGUUGGAACGUGGUUUAUAAUCAAGAGCAGCUGGAGACACGCCCCGAUGUUGAGUCUCUCCUGGACUUUUCUCUACCUCCUCUUUUUCCGACUAGUCACGUGGUUCGGUAUCCCGGCGCCGACACCUUUUGCCAACGCCGUCCAGCUUCUUCUCACUCUCAAGAUGGUGAGCCUAGCUAACGAGGUGCACAGCUUUCACAUGGAAAAAAAGAAGGAAAUAAGCUCCUUCGGCAGGUCUUCGGCCGUCGGGUUUCUGUCUCGGGAGCCUUCGCUUUAUGACGUCGUGUCCUACAGCUACUGUUAUGUUGGCCUAAUGACAGGCCCAUUCUUUCGCUUUCAAACCUACACCGACUGGCUGGAGCAGCCCAGACCGCUAGCCCUGCCCUCAUGGGGUCCUUGCCUGCAGAGGCUGAAGUUGGUGCCUAUUUUCGGAGCUCUAUUCCUGGCUGUAAACUCCGUCUUCCCUCUGGCGUACGUCCGCACCGAUGACUUCCUGGAACACAACUACUUCUUCAGGUUUUUCUACAUGAUAGUGGUUUUCUUCGUGUUCAGAAUGCGCUUCUACGCGGCCUGGUGCGGCGCUGAGGCCGGAUGCAUCAGUGCCGGUCUAGGCUGCUAUUCAGAACGGGCUCAGUGCAAACCAGGCAUGGGACCUACUGUCAGCUACAGCCCCGAGUCAUUAGCUGAGGAGAAGUAUGACUUUAAAACAAUCCAAAACAUCGACUGCUACAACACCGACUUCUGUGUGAAAGUGCGGCACGGCAUGCGCUACUGGAACAUGACAGUGCAAUGGUGGCUGCAUCACUACAUCUACCCUAAUGCACCCUUUAAGUCCUACACGCUCAGGGCGGGUUGGACCAUGUUCAUAAGCGCCUACUGGCACGGCCUCCACGCCGGAUACUAUCUCUCUUUCCUCACCAUCCCUCUGUGCAUCGCCGCCGAGUCAGCCAUGGAGGCGUCGGUCCGAUCCCGCCUGGGCCCACGUGGUCAAAAUGUCUUCGACUGGAUCCACUGGUUUUUGAAAAUGCGUGCCUACGACUACAUGUGCAUGGGAUUCGUGCUGCUAAAAGCGUCCGACACCAUCAGCUACUGGUCAUCCAUCUACUUCGCCAUGCAUGUGGUAGCAGUGUUUUGCAUAAUUGUGGGUAGAAUUUUAAAGGGAGGCAGGAGAAAAGAAAAGGUAGAUGAGACAAGACUCAUAAACGGAGAUAAAAAUGAUAAAAAGGAGUGA